UUCUUCAAAUAUCCAUUUUGCACAAUUAGCAGGCUACAUACACAAGGUUGAUUUUAUUUUAGGUUACAACUGAGCAUAGGCCUCAGUAUCAAAUAAAACACUUGGAUUUGUUCCAAAGUUGUUUGCUACCCAUAGUCUGCAUUUAGAAUGAUAUUGCGUGGAGCUAAAUAACACACUUAUUUAGUGCUAACGGUAGUAGGUUACAAUUUACAGGCUGCUAUCUGUAUUUGUGUAACAACAGCCAUACUGGACUUUGUUCUGCCUUCCCAUCGCGCGCGAGGAGGAGGGCUCGCGGAGUGCUCGUGCUGUGGUGCUCGUGCUGUGGUGAUGGGACUACAAACCCGUUAGCGCCCACAGCCUCCUCCUCUUCCAUCAUGGCUCCCUCGGCAGACAGGCAAGGAUACUGGGGGCGGCCGACCUCAACGCUGGACUGGUGCGAAGAGAAUUAUGUCGCCUCUUUUUACAUCGCGGAAUUUUGGAACACUGUCAGCAAUUUGAUUAUGAUUCUUCCUCCCAUUUAUGGGGCCAUCCAGACGUUCCGAGACGGCCUCGAGUUUCGCUACAUCUGCUCUUUCCUCGGACUGGCAGCUGUUGGUGUUGGUUCCUGGUGCUUCCACAUGACGCUCAAAUAUGAGAUGCAGUUACUGGACGAGUUGCCGAUGAUUUACAGUACAUGCGUCUUUGUCUACUGUCUAUAUGAGUGUUUCAAACAAGAGAACAGCAUCAGUGUGUUUCCUAUUGCGCUACUAUUGAUCUUCAGUGUCUCAGUCACUGUGGUGUACUUGCAGUGGAAGGAGCCAGUCUUCCACCAGGUCAUGUAUGGUGCUCUAGUAGCUUGCCUAGUGAUGCGAUCUAUCUUCAUUGUUACAUGGGUGUACCCAUGGCUCCGGCCGUUGUGCUACACCUCCUUAGGAGUCUUUCUGUUGGGGUUCCUACUGUGGAACAUUGACAACAUCUUCUGUGACACGUUGAGAACCAGUAGACAAAUGCUGCCCCCUGGUGUUGGAGUAGUGACACAGUUCCAUGCCUGGUGGCACAUCUUCACAGGCCUUGGGUCCUACCUGCACAUACUUCUCAGCCUGCAGAUCAGGUCAACCUACCUCAAGCACAGGCCCAAUGUAAAGUUUCUUUGUGGAGUCUGGCCCACGUUGCACAUUGAUCCACCGAAGACGAGUUGAAAUGAAGGGGUGGGGACCGACUGAAGGACGGUGACUGCCAUACCCAGACACCAUCGGCACAGGGACCUGCCAAUGACCACUGCUGGAAACUCAGCCACAGCUAGGGGGCAGGUGGACCCCGAGGCACCACCCCAGGGACCCCGUGGUUCUGCACUGUGGUGAUCUUACAGUAAACAGUAAAGCAGUCCAGUUAAAAGAAAUGGAAGAUUUCUUUUCCAUCAGUCAUAUUUUCAUAGAUUAGCUUUUCUGUAAUCUUACUGAAGUGUAAUAAUUGUAUUUGCUAAUUUAAUUUAAUUGCAAAUAUGACGUGUAGGCCACUGCAGUGGUGCAUAUUGAAGGGUAUCGUGUUAUCUUAAUUAGUAAUGCUUGGGAGCAGGGAACACGGUGUCAUGGCCAUUAGCUAUUAUUGUUGUAUGUUUGAUGCUGUGGCUAUUUGAACCUCCUGAGCCUAAAGCUAUUGAAAUAGAUCCCUAAACUAAAGUAUAACUAAGACUUUUGCAUACGUGUAGUUUUAACACAGUGUUGUCAUAACCCGUUUCAAGGAGUGUUGUAUUGCUUUUAGAUGUGAUCACUACAGUUGGGAUAGAAAGUGAAAGUGAGACUGUUAUUGUAGCUCAGCUGUCUGGACUAGAAGACCCUCCUGCAUUUUUACAUUACUCAAGUUUUACUCCCAAAACAUGCCAAGACUGGAACGAUCAAUUCUCCUUUUCUUUCUUUGCCAAAUUUGCUCUGUGAUUUUAAACAGUCAUGUAACGUGCGAGGCCUUCUAAUGGUUUGCCUCGUUGUAUUCGAGAAAGAGAUGCAUUGUUCACAGUUUUGUUCCACGACAUUGUCACAUAUCAUUGUAUUGUUGUUUAGGACAGGGUUAAGGUUGUCACAGGUACACAAAGCAAGUUGAACCACUUUCUGUGGACAGAGAAACGCUUUCAGUCUUUAAAGUGAUACUGCACACAAAUGUGUGCUCUGUGAGGGACGGCGGUGUUACAGCCUCGCCUCAACCCCACUUGGGCUGUAACAGAAUCCCAAUGAGCCUCCCUCAGGGUGUGUUAUGCUAAGAACCCUCUUUGUUGGGGGGUGCGACCAGCAUAUGGAAGGUUUGGUCAGGCACACAUAAUGCAAACCUGCAGAAACAUCAGUGGAGAUGCAUCAGCUGAUGUAUGCAGCUAGCUUGUAGGGUGGAUGUAGUUCAAUGUUUCAGAGAAAGACCUCCUGUUUUUGAUUGUUAAUAUUGCGUCACAGGACCAGGUGAAUGAAGGCAACAUGUUUGAAUCAUUGCAUCCUCAUUAGCUGCAGAGGAUGAGACUCCUUUACACCUGGGAGGUAUUAGUAAACCACUAUUUAAGUCAAGACUAGACAAUACCACGACAUUUUAUUUAUGACACUUAUUUAUUAGUCCUCUUUUGUUUCAUUUAUUUACACCGGCGCUGAAGAGUCCAAUGGCACAUAUGCGUCUUGUCGGGGAAACAGUUUGUGAUACAACCGCUAGGUGGCAUCAACCUACUUCAGACAUUGCCAAACAUGCCACUGUGCAUUGAUGAACUAUCUACCUACUGUAGAACUCUGAGGAUCUCUGACUUGGUUUUCCUGUGAUGGAUCUGUGAUGUGGAACAAAGGUUUUUUUAUUUGACAAUGUUUGUUUUGCUGCUGUGAAUACGUGGAUAUGUAAUGGUAACAAUAGAACCUGGAGCCUGAAGUAACUGUCUGAAGAUGCACAUCACAUAUGUUGUGUGGAGUUGUUUGUAUUUGUGGGCCUCUUGAACUGCUGUGUGCUGGAUUAUCUCCCGAGACAGCACACGAUACAUCCUUAUUUCAUGAUGCAUAUACGCGCUUUGUCACUAACUGCUUGGGUGUAACAAUCGCGCGAACCCAGAGUUACAAGCAUUCAAAAGCACAGUGCGUGAAAGAAAAAGUAUUAACAUUGUUCAAAUGUCUGUGUGGAACCUUCAAUAUAUGUUACUGUCAUUGACAUCGCUGCUCCUCAGAGCUGAGCGGCUGUCAGGGAGGGUGCCUUAUUGUUAUCCUUGCAGUCCAAGUAAUCCAAGUUGCCUUCACGUUCGUGGUAAAACAAAACCAUUCAACUGUCCCAUUCAUUUGAUGUGUCCAACAUCUUCGUUACAGCUCGUUCUAAUGAGGUUAACUGUAGCUGUUAGUAAAACAUAUGUGUUGAGGCCAGAAGAGCAAGCUGUUGAACUCUGGUCAUGUGCCAGUCUUUAAUGAUGUCCUGUAUUGUCAAAUAAAAGAAAAUGUGUUGGACAAUUUGUCUACAGAAAAACGU